CCGGCGUCACGUGACUCCGCCCGCUUCCCUGUUUUUCCUCCGCGCAGACGGAAAACAGGCGAACCUCCGGUCCGGAUCAGCCGCAGCUCGGCCGGUACCGGCAUGCAGCGGUCCUCCGCGUUCAGGUGUCAGACGGCUCCGUGUGGAUCGUCGCGCUGAGGACCCGCGGGUUUGAUUCCCGCAGAGCUGCCGUCCACAACUUGGACGGAGCUUCCCUGUCAACCUGAGCCGAAAAUCUGAGAAUCAGCGUUUGAUUCUUCCUCCGGCGCGUCUCCGUCAUCUGCAGACGGGUGGAGUUGAUCUGGAAAGCAAACAUGCCUUCCAACAAGUCUGUGUCUGCGGCGCCAAUCACCCAGUUCAUCAACUGCAGGAUCCUGAGGGAUCACCGGCUGCAGAGAGAGGACCUGUGGGUCCGCGAGGGGAAGAUUUUAGACCCGGAGAAGCUGUUCUUUGAUGAGCUGGGAUACGCAGACGAGCGUGUGGACUGUGAGAACGGCAUCAUCGCCCCGGGCUUCAUCGACAUCCAGAUCAACGGAGGUUACGGCAUCGACUUCUCUCAGCCGUCAGACGACGUCGACGGCGGCGUUUCCUUCGUGGCUAAGAAGAUCCUGGAACAUGGAGUCACGUCCUUCUGCCCGACCCUGGUCACCUCACCGCCUGAAGUCUACCACAAGGUGUUGCCUCGAAUCAAAGUCCGCAGCGGAGGAGCGCACGGAGCCGGAGUUCUGGGUUUCCACCUGGAAGGUCCGUUCAUCAGCGCAGAGAAGAAAGGAGCUCACCCUGAACAGUUCCUUCGCACCUUCCAGCCCGGAGGCUUCCAGGACCUGAUGGACACCUAUGGCAGCCUGGAUGGUGUUGCCAUGGUGACGCUGGCGCCCGAGCUGAGCGGCAGCCGCACGGUGGUUAGGGAGCUCUGCCAGCGGGGCAUCAAGGUGUCGUUAGGUCACUCGGUGGCUGACCUGUCUCAGGCUGAGGAGGCGGUUCAGCACGGCGCGUCCUGCAUCACUCACCUCUUCAACGCCAUGCAGCCUUUCCACCAUCGGGACCCGGGCAUCGUGGGUCUGCUGACCAGUGACAAGGUUCCAGCAGGCAGGACGGUUUUCUACGGCAUGAUCGCCGACGGGAUCCACACCAACCCGGCCGCCCUGCGGAUCGCACACAGAGCCCACCCCUCAGGUUUGGUGUUGGUCACAGACGCCAUCACAGCCAUGGGUCUUCCUCCGGGCCGACACACUCUGGGCCAGCAGGUCAUCGAGAUCCAGGGUCUGCACGCCUACGUGGCAGGCACACAGACGUUGAGCGGCAGCAUCGCCACCAUGGACAUGUGUGUGCGCCACUUCAGGCAGGCCUCAGGCUGCAAAGUUGAAGAAGCUCUGGAAGCUGCUUCGCUCCAUCCGGCUCAGGCUCUUGGAAUCAGCCACAGGAAAGGAAGGCUGGAUUACGGCUCAGACGCAGACCUGGUUUUGCUGGACGACUCACUCAACAUCAAGGCCACCUUCAUUUCUGGGGAGGAGGUUUGGAGAACAGGCCCUUAGAGGAAAUGCCUUCCCGCCUCUGCCGUCACGCUCAGACGCCGUUCGGAGCUUCAUCCACAUCCGUCUGCAGUCGACUUGGGGAGGUUUUCCGUUGGGUGGCACAUGCAGGAUGUCACUGAAUGAGUCUUUGAUGUAAAACCUUCUUGAGAAUCGGUCAGGUUGUCUGUUUUCUGCAGCUUCAGUGAAACACUUGAAGACCCACUUUGAUUAAAAUGCUAUUUUUGGUGUUUUUAA